AUGGGGAGAAAACCUUGUUGUGACAAGAUUGGAUUGAAGAGAGGUCCAUGGACUAUAGAAGAAGAUCAUAGACUCAUGAACUUUAUUCUUCACAAUGGCAUCCACUGCUGGAGAAUUGUCCCAAAACUCGCAGGUUUGCUGAGAUGUGGGAAGAGCUGUAGAUUGAGAUGGAUUAAUUACUUGAGACCCGAUCUCAAGAGAGGUGGUUUUACUGAUGCAGAAGAAGAUCGGAUUAUGGAACUUCACUCUCAACUUGGCAACCGGUGGUCUAAAAUUGCCUCUCAUUUCCCUGGUCGAACGGAUAACGAGAUAAAAAAUCAUUGGAAUACGAAGAUCAAGAAGAAGAUGAAACAUCUUGGGUUAGAUCCAUCUACACAUGAGCCGAUUAAUAAUAUUACCGACCAAACCGAAUCUGACCAAAAAACAAAUCCAAACAUGUGUUCUAAUACCAAUGAAGGAGAAGAGAUGAAGGACCAAACUCCAAAAAAUGAUGUCAUAGCAGAAACAACAAAAACAUUAACAAUAUCUGAUGAUGAUGAAGAACUUUUGGCGAAAACUUGCAAAACUCUAUGUGCAGAAGAAGUAGACAUCGAAUCUCUAUUCGAAGGCAAUGAGAUAUCUAUCUCGUCUUCUUCUUUCUCUUCUUUGUAUAGUAAUAUUUCAAGAAGUGAAUCCUCAUCAUAUCUUGCUGAAGAUUCGAUAGAACAAUGGGACUUGGACAUGACAGAUCCUUUGGUACCAUGGGACCUCUUCGCCAAUCUUGAUGAUAAUCUUUUCCUUUUAUGA